AUGUGUAUUCUUUUCUGUUAUUUACAAGACGAUAAUAUUGAUAUUGGAUAUGAUUUAAUAUUAUUAUCAAAUCGUGAUGAAGAUUUUCAACGACCAGCUAAACAAGCUCAUAUUUGGAAAGAUACGAAAUAUGCACUUGGAGGACAAGAUGUAACACCAUUACGUGAAGGUGGUACGUGGUUAUGUUUAAAUACUGUUCAAAGUAGAAUUGGUAUUUUAUUGAAUUUAUCUUCACGUUUAUUAAAAGAAAAAAAUACCAAUGCUCAGAGUCGAGGUUUUAUUGUAUCAAAUUAUGUGAAUAAUCCAGAGGUUAAUCUUGAUUCAUAUGUGGAUGAAUUACAAAAAACUAAAAUGAAUUAUACAGGUUUCAAUUUUCUUGGACUCGAACAACAAUCAGAGUCUAAAAAAUGGCGAGCUAAAUAUAUAAAUAAUAUAUCAGAUUCAUCAGCAAUUGAAAUCAAUACGUCUCUUUUCGGUUUUAGCAAUCAUAUAUAUGGUGAUCAAUAUGCAUUUGAAAAGACUCGUUAUGGUUGUCAAUUAUUUAAAGCAUUUCUUACUGAUUUAACAGAUAAUUAUAAAAAACCGAUUACAGAUGAAAAAGAAUUAAUUCAUCGAGCAUUUGGUUUAUUAAAUGAUAAUAAAGUUUUUCCUGAUGACCCUAAUAUUGCUGCUGUUUAUUCACAUUAUUCAAUAUCAAAUCGUAAUCAAAUUUCAUCAAUUAAUGUAUGCACCACAGAUGACUCACCAACUUACGGAACAAGAACAUCAACUGUAAUUCUUAUUCGUCGUGAUCAAACAGGUCUUUUUAUUGAAAAAACUCUUAGUAGUCCAUUAAUUAAUCCGUUAGAAUGGACAACAAACACAUGGCAAUUUAAAUUAAAUAAUGUACAUGAAUCUCCUAUUUUAAUAAAUUAA